AUGAAAUUGCCGAAAGAAGUGCGGAACAUUGUGGCCGGUGGAUUCGCGGGUAUGCUGGCGAAAAGCGUCGUAGCACCCAUUGAUCGCGUUAAAAUAUUGUAUCAAGUCAGCUGUGCUAAGUUUCACCUACGGAACGUUCCAAAAGUCAUGAAAAAUAUCAUCCGGGAUGAAGGUUUUGCGGCCUUGUGGAAGGGCAAUGCUGCCACAAUGAUUCGUGUCUUUCCCUAUAGUGGCAUUCAGUUCAUGGUAUUUGAUCGCGCAUCUUCUAGCGCUCCAUCCUCCCGACGAAGAUUCGGCUUGACGCCACUCGAAAGCUUAAUAUCAGGAAUGGUCGCUGGGACGGUUUCCGUUAUGUUGACGUAUCCCUUGGACUUGACGCGUGCUCAGCUUGCAGUACUUCGGAGACAUCGACAUGCAGCCAACCGAGGUUUUGUCAGUGUUCUGACUGAUAAUUACACGCAACGUGGCCCACUGGGGCUAUUUCGCGGUGUCGUGCCGACUCUAAUCGGUAUUUUACCGUACUCGGGCAUUGCCUUUGCUUUGAACGAACAGGCGAAGCGCGAGGUUCAACACAUGACGCAACGCGAUUUGACAACGAUCGAACGUAUGCAAUGUGGAGCUUUUUCAGGAUUGAUUGCUCAGUCAAUCACAUAUCCAAUUGAGGUGACGAGAAGACGGAUGCAAACGAUUGGGCUAGUUGAAACAUUGCCGUCCUUAGUUGGAACGAUCCGGUCGCUGUACGCAGAACAAGGAUUGAGAGGUUUUUUUAAAGGAGUUAGUAUGAAUUGGAUGAAGGGGCCUAUCGCUUUUUCGAUCAGCUUUACGGCUUUUGAUACGCUUCAGAGUUUGAUG